AUGGUCGUGCAGAAGUAUGCCAAGGGUAGACAGCUGAAGGCGGUGCCGGUGGAGGAGAAACAAGGGACGAGAAAAGUGGUGACGGUGGAAGGCAAACCGGAGGUGAUCAGGCAUAAUCCAGCAGACAAAAGGAACGUGCGACCAGGAAAUCUGGGGAAACAGGUGGUCAGUCUAGGGGGCAGUAAAAACAACACUAAGAAAGCAGAGGUUGCAGAGGCUCCAGAAGAUAAACAAGGCAACAAAAGGUUGGUGCAGAUGGAGGUAAGUGAUAGCAGUGGCAGGCAGGUAGGUUUUAAGGAAACAAGCAUCGAGAGUGAGAAAUAUAUUCGCUCUUUUGUGGGGCACGAGGUGAUUAAGAAGUCAACGGAGGGGUUAAGAGGAUUGAAAGGCCUAGGACCAAGAGCUGUGGGCCCCAACUCCAUGCAGAAGUUUAAAAAUAGUAGUAAAAAGAAACUGCUACGAGGAAAGCAAGUGACAAAAAACCAUUUUAUUAUUCUUGAAGCAACUCCUUCCAAGGCACUUGGGGAAACAAUGGGAGCUGCUACUAGCCAGGCACAUAGCGCUCAGCUUAAAGAGCCUUACAACAGUGGAAAUGACAAGGACAAUUCCAUGAAAGUAUUGGCAAUGUUGAAAUCUGGUCUUGUCUACCUAGAGGAUCAAAUUCUGGAAAAGAGCCUAGAAUCUCUAGGGGGGGGUGCUGGUAAAAAAGGAUUUAGUCCCCUAAUCUUUGAUAUGAAAUCUAGAUAUAAGAUUAGUGUUUUGGAUCUUUGUGAAACCAAAGUUAAUAGCCAGAUAGGAAACUCUAUUAUCAGGAAGUUGAGCUUUAAUAAGUUUUUCAUGCAACAAACAGUGGGGUUUAAUGGAGGCAUCUGGGUUCUUUGGGAUGACUCUGAAUUAUCCUUAGAAAUUAUUAGUCACCGACACCAAUUCGUCCAUACCAGAAUUAUGCAUAAUAAUUCGCGGAAAGUGGAAUUUGUUACCUUUAUUUAUGCAAGCCGGAGAAGAUGUGAAAAGAGUAGCUUAUGGGGUAACUUAAGGGAUCUGGCAGAAACUUGUGAGGAUGCCUGGAUGGUUAUUGGUGACUUUAACGCCAUGGUUGAUAAUUCUGAGAAGGUUGGAGGUAGUGACUUUUGCUGGGGUAGUGCCCAGGAUUUCCAGAACUGCCUCAUGGAUUGCAACCUAAAUGAUCUUGGAUUUAAAGGCCCGAUGUUCACUUGGAAACGGGACAGAUUGCUUCAGAGGCUCGACAGAGCCUGCAGCAAUGAAAGAUGGAACUUGGAGUGGCCUCAACGAAAUAUCUCUCAUCUUCCCUUUUAUGGCUUUGACCACAGACCUGUGUUAGUGAUGGAGGAACGACCUUGGACCCAAGCUCAUGAACCUAAGCCUUUUAAGUUCCUUGCAGAAUGGCUAACAACUGAAGGGUUCGGGGAGAUGGUGCAAGAGUGCUGGGGCAACAAUGCAGAUUGGCUGGAUGCCAGCAGUCUAUUUCAACGAGAAGCUCUCGAAUGGCAUGAAUCAGUUUUCAAAGCUACUCAAAGGAAGAAGAACCGCUUACAUGCUCGAUUAAGAGGUAUAGACCACUGUCUGAGCCAUCAGCACAGUAGCAGCCUUGAGAAUCUACAAAGAGAUUUAUGGAAGGAAUUGGAAGUGAUCCUUAUUAGAGAGGAAAUAACGUGGUUCCAAAGAUCUCGUUGUGACUGGUUCCAAUUUGGAGACAAAAAUACUGAGUAUUUCCAUUCCAUAACCGUCUCUAGGAGAAGGAGGAAUAGAAUUAUUACCAUUAUGGAUGAGGAUGGGAGGUGGAUCGCAGAUUCUCAGGACUUGAUUAAUCAUGCCACAGAGAUUUUCAGGAACCUAUAUGCUGCAGAAGAAGAAAGCAUGGAUCCUUUCUCUAUUACCAGUCUGUUUCCAUCCAUUUUUUACAAUGGAUUCCUGGAGCUGGGUGUUUGUCCGUCGCAGGAAAAAGUAAGAGGGCAGUGUUUAGCAUUGGUAGUCUAA